AUGGAACACCUUGUGGCCUUUUGUUCUAGUCCUAUAUUUGCGUCGUCUUGUUUAAAAGAUUGGGAGAAAUUUGGAAGAAAAAACUUUUUGACAAAGUGCAAAGAAAGCGGAAUGGUGACAUCAGUCAAAUUAUUCACGGAUUUAGUAUUGAAACUAAUGAGCGGAGAAGGAAAAUUUGACAUACUUUUUAAACUGGUUCCUGAAUUAUUUAAAUUAUUCGGUAGUCACUCGUCUUUUGAAUCUAAACUUUUGGAUUCAUUGUGGUUAAUUGAUUCAUCAAUUGCUGAUAUUAAUUCAGAAUCUGUUCGGGAUCGUUUCUAUCGUCUAAUGGAGAUUCUAAAGGAUUAUGUGAAUCCUGCAUUAAUAAUGGAACGGUUUUGUGAAGAUACUUUAGAAAAUUUAUCAUUGAUUCAAUCAAAACAGCAAUUUCAAACACGUUAUGUGCGUACAAAAACGCGUUUGUUUUUCAAACAACAGAAGUUUAAUUUGUUACGAGAAGAGAAUGAAGGUUAUGCUAAACUGAUUACUGAAUUGUGUCAGAUAUCAUCUAGCAGUUCACUGGAAGGUCUUAUGAAUCAGAUUCGUUCAUUGAUUGGUUACUUUGAUUUGGAUCCGAAUCGUGUUUUGGAUUUAAUACUGGAUGUAUGUGAAUUUCGUGGUGAUAUGUACGAGGAGUUUGUGCAGUUGAUACGCCUCUAUAAUCCUGAUAAGAUUGACAUGACUAACAUCCUGGGGCAUAAGUACCAUUUUACUCAGGAACCUGGUGUUGGUACACCAGAAUCAUUGUACAAAGUUUCAGCAUUUUUGAUUUGGAAAAAUCUAAUUGAUCUGGAUGUACUAUAUGGACAUUUAACUCCAUCCGAUACUGAUAUACAACAAUCCUACAAUCGACAGAUAACUUUGGCUAAAUCAUAUCGACCACAACCUCCACCAAGCCUUACGUAUUCGGCGACAUCUGCGAUAAACACCUCGUUAAAUACUGCUAUCAAUAAUGACUUAAUACGUGUUGAUGGUUUAUUGAGUCAAGACAGUCAACUCGGUAGUGGGAAUGGCGGUGGCGGUAAUCCGGGAUUAGUGAACAAUUGGACUGGGUCUGCAGCUACAAACAACUUGAAUUCACGCGCUGCAGAUGAAUUAAUGUCAGUCGAUGAUAAUAUGGAUGGGAACAUGACAAAUCCACGUGAAGUUGGUGAUAAUGUGGAUAUUAGUGGAGAUCAAGAUUGUUUAUAUGAAAAUAAUCAAAAAUUGGAGCUAUGCUCUGCUUUGAUACGACUAGGUGAUUGGACGAAUGCUCAACGCCUACUGGAUCGUCUACCUGGCUACUGGGCAUCUAGUUAUGAGCCUUUAACAAAGGAUAUAUGCAGUUUAUUGCAUUGUUUAAUAGAACCUUUAUACGAUAAAGUUUGUCCGUUACCUGCAUGUUUACAAAGAAACCGUUCACGACCGACAACUGAAUCUUUUAAAGCAGUGAAUACACGUACUACACCUAAUAAUAUUGAUGAAAAAUCAGCCGACUGUGAAAUGGAUGAAGAAUUGAAUCCUGAAACCAAUAAUACCAGUUCUAAUAAUAAACUUUUAUCACAAGUUCAUGAUUUCAUUGGACUAGCUAGAUAUGUGAUACCGAUUGCAGUUUAUUUAGGCCCACAUAUGUCCUACGAUUUAGUAUUGAUGGUGAAAUUUUGUCGUCUUGGGCAUAUUUAUCUCUCAGAACAGCAUAAUUCUCAAUCAGAAAAAAUUGGAAUUGUUUACCAAGGAUUUUUCAAUUUGUUAGAUGAAGUUCUCCUUCCAUCGUUAAGUCUGGUCGAUGCAAAUUGUUGUCUAGCUGAAGAGAUAUGGCAAAUGCUACGAUUUAUGCCGUAUGAACAUAGAUAUCGAUUAUAUGGACAAUGGAAACAUUUUAGUGCGCAAACAGAGCCAAGCCUUAUACGUAGACGUGCUCAGGUUUUGUGCUAUGCCAAAGCUAUUAUGAAGCGAUUAAGCAAAGAGAAUGUUAAACCAAUGGGUAGACAUCUUGGCAAACUGUCGCACAGUAAUCCUGGCCUAUUAUUCGAUCAUGUCUUGCACACAGUGCAAUUAUUCACCAAUCUUAUUAAUCCAGUCGUUGAAGCCUUGAAGUAUGUGAGCAGUUUAGGCUAUGAUAUGCUGACUUUUUGUAUUAUUGAAGCACUUGUUUCGGACCAGUCUAAACUGGAGGAUUUACAGUUUAGCCAAGAACUGCAAGCAUUGUCCUCAUUUACUGGAUUAUUAUGUAGAAAAUAUCAAUUUGACCUAGCUGGUUUAUUGCAAUAUGUUUUAAAUCAAUUAAAAGUUGGUAAAAGUUAUGAUUUGGUAAUAUUGCGUGAAAUUAUACAUCGUAUGUCGGGAAUCGAUAUCUCUGAAGAAAUGACAGAUGAACAGUUAGAGUCAAUGUCUGGUGGAGAGUUAUUAUUACAAGAAGGUGGUUAUUAUGCACAAAUACGUAAUACACGUCGUAAUGCUGCACGUCUUAAAGAAGCUUUAAUUGAACAUAAUCUAAUUAUGCCCUUCAUAUUUUUGAUGGCUCAACAGCGUGAGGCUAUUAUAUUCUUAGAUGAUCCUGAACGUCACUGUAAGCUAGCUGGUCGUUUAUAUGAUCAGUGUCAAGGCACACUAGUUCAAUUCAUUACAUUUUUAAAUCUUCAACUAAGCCGUGAAGAGAUGCAAACACAGUGUUUAAGCAUUGACAGAAUGAUGGGUGAAUUUCAUGUGACAGCUGACACAACCUUCUGUUUUCAUCGUAAUUUAUUUGAACAAAAAGUGGCUCGUUUAUUUGAAAGUAAAGAAUUAGCUGAAAGCUUGAAAUCUGGUGAAAAAUCUAAAUCAUUUAGUAAGACACUUUUCUCAGCUGCUUGUUUACAUGUCUGCAAUGAAAUCGCCGCAGCCAUUCGUCCAUUAUAUCCACCGCGUGUAUGGGAUGAAUUGGGUAUUGUAUUUUAUGUAACAUUUUGGAGUUUACAGUCAAGUGACUUAGUUGUCCCUGAAUCAGCUUAUCAACGGCAAAUUCAACAGUUGAAAGAACAAAUUCAACAGAUUGAUGCAUCUGGAAGUACUUGGAAUUCAGCAAAAAAGAAACGUGAAAUAGAACGUUUAGAAAAUUUAAUUGAGCGAUUGAACGCUGAGCAAUCAGAACGUGAAGAACAUGUCACUCGUGUACGUGCUUGGCUUAUGACUGAACGUGACAAUUGGUUUCAAACAAGAUUGGCUACAAAAACUGAUACAAUUACACAAUUCUUACAGUUGUGUAUUUAUCCUAGAGUGUGUUUCACUGCUGCGGAUGCUAUCUAUGCUGCACAAUUUAUGCAUGUAUUACAUCAAUUAAAAACUGCACGAUUUUCUACGUUAAUCUGUUUAGAUAGAAUCUUCAAUGAUAUAACCCUACCGACAAGUAUGUGCACUGAAGAUGAAGCACAUCGCUACGGUCGAUUUCUGUGUGCAGUAUUAGAGUUAGUUAUGCGUUGGCAUGCUAGUGAAGAAGUAUUCAAUCAAGAAUGUGGUCAAUAUCCUGGCUUUGUUACAGUCUUUAGAAAGACUUACCAAGGUUUAGACGCUAACACAAAACCGGAUCAAUUACAGUAUGAAAAUUAUCGGCAUGUAGUGCAUAAAUGGCAUUAUCGGAUAACAAAAGCAAUUGUUGCAUGUCUUGAAUCAGGGAAUUAUGUACAAAUACGUAAUGCAUUGAUUGUACUGACGCGUAUCCUACCACAAUAUCCAAAAAUUAUACAAUUUGGCAGUGCUGUAGAAAGACGUGUGAUCAAACUAAAAGAGGAAGAAAAAGAUCGUCGUCCUGACUUAAAGGCUUUGGCAUUCAGUUAUGCUGGUUUAAUGCAUCCACGUAAGGCUAAGUGGGUUAGUGAAGAAGAGUUUCAUUUAAAAGAGAAGACAACACGUCCUGAGAUUAAUACCAGCUAUUCGGUUAAUCAUCAAAACCCUAACAGUGGUAGUAAUAUGAAUACCUCCCAAUUCUCUAGUCGAACUGUUUCGCAUACAGACACUAGUGGUGUUACCGCUACUGCUACGCCAACUACUGCUCAUAAUCUACGUGGCCAGUCAACAGUUAAUCAACAAACAAAUUCUUUUAAUCCUAACUCUGCUAAUGCUAAUACUACUGGUAGUAGUAGUAGUAGUAGCAAUAUUCAGUCUUCUGUGCCGGCUGGUAACGCUAAUACUACUAGUGCUACCGUUAAUACUUCAAUUGGUUCUUCAACAUUUGAACCGCCACAUGUUUCUGUUCCUGUACGUCGGAGUACGACAACAAAUAGUUCAGUAGCACCACCGUCAAGUGGAAAUGAAACACGCUUACGUAGUCAAACAGCGAAUCCUCCUGCUGUUUCUGCGGAAACUUCAAAAUCUGCUUCAACUGUGAAUACAUCUACAUCUGGUUCAUCGUCUACGGGAGCAGUGGCUAACAACAGUGUUGCUAGUUCAGCUACACCUCAAACCACUACUCAGAGCAAAUUACGGUCUAGUCAACGCCUAGAAGCGACCGUGUCAGUUACAGAUGAAGAUGCCCCUGCUGUAUCAAAUUCUCAGUCGCACUCAUCAUCUAAACGUCGUCGAGUGGAAACAGUCAAUUCUAAUAAUACCAACAGUGCAAAUGGUUGUGUUCUGACAAUGUCUUCGUCGAAGGUGAGCACUUGAUGCAAUUCUGUCUCUAUGUCUGUCUAUCUCGGUGUGUUAUAUGGUGAAAUCUACCUUAAUGUGAUUACCUGCAUGUUCACAAAGAAAGCAGUUAACACUUCUAAUCUAAUUGAUUAAUCUAUUGCCCACGAACCGUUUCCAGUAAUAUUCUUUGGAAGGAGUUUAUUUUUCUCAGUAUCAUGAAGCUAACUUCAUUGUGAUCUCAAUGACAAGUUGGAUGUGAUGUGAAGAGAAAACAGAAUUCUUCAAUCCAACUAAUUUAUCCUGUCAAAUGAAAGUUUUAGAAGUGAAAAGCAAACUUCUAAAUUAAUUAACUACACAACUACUCACUUUAAAGUAGGCACAUUCAAAUAGCGAUUCCCAAAUAGGCCGCAACGUGAGUCCUGAAUUCCACUGCUAGCCACCACUAAACGGAUCACUUGGAGUUAUUACUCUUGGUUGUUAUGUGGAGGCAUCUGUUGAAGGAAAUGACAUCCUAAUGAAAGCAAUCGACACCUCUAGUUUAACUGAUUGAUAUAUUUCUAACGAACCUUAUCGAGGAAUAACAUUUGGAAGGUGUUCAUUUCCGGAGUUUCAUAAUCGAUACUUAAUGAUUGUAAAUAUGUCUCCUUGGGACUAUAAAAUACAUGAAUAUGCUGUCGAUAAAGACGUUGUUAGUGUAACUUUCACUCAUUCUUGGAGGCAGAUAGUAAACCAGUUGUAAGUUGAAGUUAAUCGACUAUUGAUGGUACAUGGAUGUGUGUAAAUAUGUUUCGUAAACUGUUUCCCUGCUUACUACUGUGUUUUGGAUCUCUGGAUAAGUCGAUAGACUCACUUUUCAUCCAACCUUUGUUAACGAUGUUGUACCAUUCGAGCUUCUGUGAUCUUCUUGAUGAUUACCUUUAAUUGGGAACAUUUAAGAAACUGUGUCUUGUUAAAUUUGGUGGAAAUUAAGAAGUUAGUCCAAAGUCAAUACCUCCGGUUUUUAAUAUUUUUUACUGGUACCAAAGCUGUUGUUAUCUCUUGAAAUGAUGGAGAGGACGUAAUUGGCGUUCUUGCGUUCUUUGAGCUGGAUAGUUCAGUUGUGAAGCCAAUUAAUUGUAAUGGAGUGUGUCGUGAAAAGAUGACAAAACUUUCCUAUCCAUUUGGUUUACUGUGUCAAUGAAAGCUUGAGUAACGAUGGGAAGACAUCCAAGUGUCUUAACUGUACACCAUCACUCCACGGAAUGCUGGUACAUCUACCGCUAGCCACCACCAGAAAAGUCCCUUCGAGUUAUCAAUCUUAGUAAUAUCGAAGCAGCUAUUGAAGGAGCUGACAUACGAAAAGGCUUUGGUCAAUUUAGUCCAAAUACAUAUUUAUACAUGUCAGUGGGAAAUCACAAAUAUGAGAAUGAAUAACUACAAGGUGAAAUGAGAAAAGAGGUGACAGGUGAAGAAGUCAAUAAAAAGAAGGAGAAUUUGAAUAUUUCCAUUCUUAACUUAUCUAUUGGUCAGUCAGAUGAAGGAUAUUAUAAAUGGGCAUCUUAUAUCUAUCGUUAGACGGUGUGUAUGUGUACGUCUGUUAGCCAACUGAGAACACAAUACCUUCUUACAAAGUAUUUUAGAAACUUGGAUUACAAUUUGCUGACUUUAUUCACCUUGAAUUGUCAACGAAUUGGUUUGUGUUGUUGUGCGACCACGAAAUGGGUGUUAUUAUGUCUUGCUUUUUUCAUACUGAGGCAUCUGUGACUGCAGUUGAUGAACCACGUGAAUCACACAAAUCCUCAACACGUAAACGUCCAACUCCAACAACUAAUCCAACAACAGUUACCUCAGAAAGUGGACAUAACUUACGCUAUGCAAACACCGGUGUCACUGCUAAUAAUAGCACUGCUACCGUCAACAUGAAUAAUACCGUUAGUCCUAGUGGGGUUUCCGGAGGAGCAAGCAGUGGUGGAGGUGGUAGUAAUAAUCGUUUAACAGUUAGUCCUGGUGAAAAUGUCUCUACUACUACAUCAUCACGUCAUCAUCAUCGACAGUCAAGUACUAGUAGUCGUCAGAGAGCAUCGUCUGGUAAUUCUACUGAGAGUCGAGAAGCCAGUUUAGAAAAUGAACGAGUUAUACUCGCCUCCAAUUCAGCUGGAAUAGUAAAGAAGGCGAAGAAAGGUCAUCAUCAUCACCAUCAUCAUCAACGUCCCACUUUGGAUCCCAUGAACGUAGACGCUGGUGCUUCGAACCCAGGAACUGUUAUUAUAUAUUCAACACCUGAAUCUCAAGCAUCUUCACGUCAUUCUCGUAGAUAAACAUGUGUAUACUAACGAAUAAUGUAUGUUAUCUCACACAAUUUCAAUGGAAGUGUGAAUGUGUGUCGUUGUAUUUCAUGUUUUGUUUAUUGUCCCCUUCACCUUCCGUGACCCUCUCUCUCUCUCUCGUCUAACUGGUCCUUAUAUAUGAUUCAAACGUUACAAUUGGUUGCGUUUGAUUCAAAAUUUUAUCACAUGACUUCGAGUGUGCAU